CGAUGUUUGAGGACUUUUGUCACCCUGUCGCUGCACUGAAGAAAAGCAGGUUUGUGGAGACAAACUGUUCUUCCCAGCUCUUUCCAGUUGGAUGGACUGAACGGCGCUCAGUUGUUGCCCAUGGAGCUCCUCCUCGCCAACAUCAGCUCCUCCAGGAGCACCGAGGCUCCUCAGCUGCUCCUCACCUCGGCCCAAACUAACUGCAGCACCUGGGAUCCACAGUGGGGGGCGCUAUACCUGCACAAGUUAACACACCUGGAUUUGCAGCUGUACCAGGACUUCUACUCUGUCUGGGUCUUUCUGAUGGUUUGUAACUGUGCGAUGCUGGUGGUCGGUGUCGUCCUCAACAGUCUGGCUCUGUUUGUGUUCUGCCGGACCUCCACUCGUUCCUCGGCCACUGUGGUUUACACCAUUAACCUGGCGGUCGCUGACCUGCUGGUGGCGCUGUCGCUGCCCGCCCGCAUCGCCCUGUACCACAGCGGUGGCAGCUGCGUGGCCUGCUCCUACGUCCACACCUUCAGCUACUUCGUCAACAUGUACUGCAGCAUCCUGUUUCUCACCAGUAUCUGUGUGGACCGAUACCUCGCUGUCGUCCACGCCGCCAGCACUCUGCAUCGAUGGAGGACGACCGGAGCCGCCAAGUGUGUCAGCGCCGGCGUCUGGUUCAUAGCAGUUGUGGUGACCUACUCUUUCCAGACCAGCGCGUUAAACGUCAACUCCUCCUGCGUGAGCCUCCCUGCCCACUUCUACCUCACCGUGCUGGAGUUCCUGCUCCCCCUGCUGGCCGUGGUGGGGUUCACCGUCCGCGUCGCCUGCUUCCUCUCCUCCCGCCGCGGACUGAUUCCCCGGCACAGCCGGGCCAGGAGGAGUCGCGCCGUCCGGCUUUUGGCCGCCGUCCUGGCGAUUUUCACCGUUUGCUUCACGCCGUUCCACCUCCGCCAGGUGCUGGUCUACUUCCAGGUGAGGCCGGCAGGGGGAGGCGACGGGCAGCGUGGGGCGGGUCACGUGCUGGCCUAUCACCUCACGGUGAGCCUGAGCAGCCUCAACAGCUGCCUGGACCCGGUGGUGUACUGCUUUGUGACCGACAGCUUCAGGGGGAUGUGGAGGACGAGGAGACGGACGGCGGCGGGGAGAGACUUGAAAGGUUCGAGCGGCGCAGAAGGGGAGCGGACUCCAGCCAAGAAAUGUCCGGGCGCGGCCCUGGCGAUAGCUCAGAGCGUGGCCGCACUCACCCUGAGCAGCGCGGCGGCCUCUGCAGCCAGCGUGGACCGGUCCGUGUAGAGAGACCUCACCAGAACCCGGGGAGAAAAACUUACCCAGACUCAAUAGACCUUUUUCACGCUUCCGGGUUUUAAAGCGGAUGUGGGGUUGGACAACUUCCGGUGGCUAUAGCGUUAGCAUUAAAAGGCUAGGAAAAUGUCUCAGUCUCGGCGCAGUUGUUUUUGUUCAGUCCCUGGUUGUUCAUGUGGGGCAAGAAAACAGCCUGAUCUGUCAUAUCAUGCGUUCCCGACGGACCCGGACCAACGGAGGCAGUUUUUCUCCUGAUGCCAGAAUGUCAGGAUCUGGAAGUGGUCCUACAAACAUCAGUGACAUAAUCAUAAUAAAUUUUGACAAAGGAAACAUACGUG